CAAGCUGGCUUUCCAUCCACAGCGAGCAAAGCGGCGACCAAAUCAUUGCGCGCUUCUGUAAUUGACUUAGUUAGGAAGGCAACCGGGAUCUCCUAGCAUUCUUCAGCACCAAAUUUAUCGGAUGUUUUUCUCGCUUAUAAGUGGCACAUUAUCUGUGACCUGAAUAAUAACCAACCUCGCCCGGACUAAACGAACACUGGGACUCGAACUAGUGACCCAAGAAAUAAGUGCGGCUCUCUCAGCCAGAAGGAGGAAACGCUGCAGCUUGCUUUCCCCUGCGCGUCGUGUUCCAGAGCAUCUAUCCCAGGAUGAGGCAAUGAUAAGCGGACCUUCUGGUUGGUUCUCUCCGUCCACCUCUAGCCUGCAUGAAACAAAGUCUGUUCUUCGCCACACAGCCUGCGCCGCAACGUAAACGCCUGGCGUGCUGUCACCGCCGCCCGUUUUCCCCCUUUUUAUGCUGUGAGUAAACAGUUCUGCUGCUAAGGGUCCAGCCUCUCCCGAUAUCACAAUGAGGACCACGGAGGAGACCGAGGGCUUUGACGGCGAGGCCUCCAACACGUCCAUGAUCUCCGGGGCCAGCAGCCCGUACCAGCCCACCACGGAGCCCGUCCUUUCACGCAACGUUUUGGGGGCGAUGAGGUGCGACAUGGAGUACCUCAUGUCCUACUUCGGGAUUUUGAAGGCGGUGGAAGUGGUCCUGUCACUCAUCAGUUUCAUCUGCAUAGAGACCAUCAUGAUGUGUUCUCCCUGUGGAGGGGUCUACUUAUUUGAGUUUGUCAGCUGCAGUGCCUUCGUGGUGACAGGAGUCCUUCUCCUGAUCUUCUGCCUCAAUCUCCACAUCAAGGUUCCUCAGGUCAACUGGAACCUGACGGACCUGGUUAACACUGCUGCCAGCACCUUUUUGUUCUUUCUCUCGUCCCUUCUUCUGGUCUGCAUCAACCACAACACAGGAGCUGAAAAAGCAGCAGUAGUCUUCGGCUUCCUGGUGACAGGUGUGUUCGGCCUAAACACCUUCCUGGCGGUACGGAGGUGGCGCCGUGGCAACGGGUGUCAGGGGGCCGCUCAGACCAGCGAGUACAUGCGAGCGCGCACGGCAUCUCGUGGAGAAAUGGAGGCGCGACCUGAGCUCGCGUGAGAGCUCGUAGAUAAACUACGCACCGGCAGCUGACAGAGAUGGAUGCGACUCUGGCCCGUUGAGCAUAGUUGGGAUUUGGACCUCUGCAGUUCUGAUCCCUAAAAAAAGCUUUGUUUAACAGCCAGAGAUGGGCCAUGCAGUCAUUGAGAUUCCUUCUCAAAUGAAACAGUUUCACAGGAAAAGCUGGACCAGAACUUAAGCCACGAACCACUUCCGUGUCUUGGAAGACACUGGUGACAUUUGCAAGUUUUGUCUUUCACUGUGAUUGAAGGCAGUGAGUGAUAAGUGGUAGAAAUAUACCUGUGGACCAGGGCUCCACGGACAAGCAGCUCUUUCACCUGCAGUCAUCCCUUUAUUGUUCCAUCCUGCAGCUUUUUGCUUCUUCCUGUGAAAAGACUGGUUGUUGAACAUAAUAUCUGAUGAAGUAUGACUGUUUUCUUUUUUUUUGGCAGACUUUAUAAUCACCUUUUAAAAUUGUAACCUGAAAUCGGUAAAACAUUUUGCUGCCA